GCGCGCUGGAGCGCUGGGCGUCGGUACGGGCGGCUGGCUCUUUUCUCCGGCCGGCGUAGGCCGGUGUCUUUCCGGAAAAGCAGACUGGCGACCCGGGACGUGAGUCCACACGGUCGGUUCCUAUUCAGAAAGAAAGAGUUAUCUUCAUACUAGAAGGAACCCCAUACAGGAUGCUGUGUUCUUUGCUCCUUUGUGAAUGUCUGUUGCUGAUAACUGGUUAUGCUCAUGAUGAUGACUGGAUUGACCCCACAGACAUGCUUAACUAUGAUGCUGCUUCAGGAACAAUGAGAAAGUCUCAGGUGAAAUAUGUUAUAUCAGAGAAAAAGGAUGUCAGUUCUGACUUGUCAUAUGCUGAUGAAAUGUCAGAAUGUUAUCGCAGACUUGAUUCUUUAACUCAUAAGAUUGAUGAGUGUGAAAAAAAAAAGAGGAAAGACUAUGAAAGUCAAAGCAAUCCUGUUUUUAGGAGAUACUUAAAUAAGAUUUUAAUUGAAGCUGGAAAGCUUGGACUUCCUGAUGAAAGCAAAGGCGAUAUGCAUUAUGAUGCUGAGAUUAUCCUUAAAAGACAAACCUUGUUAGAAAUACAGAAGUUUCUCAGUGGAGAGGACUGGAAACCAGGAGCCUUGGAUGAUGCACUAAGUGAUAUUUUAAUUAAUUUUAAGUUUCAUGAUUUUGAAACGUGGAAGUGGCGAUUUGAAGAUUCCUUUGGAGUGGAUCCAUAUAAUGUGUUGAUGGUACUUCUAUGUCUGCUUUGCAUCGUAAUGUUAGUAGCUACAGAGCUGUGGACGUAUGUUCGUUGGUACACCCAGUUGAGACGUGUUUUAUUCAUCAGUUUUCUCUUCAGUUUGGGAUGGAAUUGGAUGUAUUUAUAUAAGCUCGCUUUUGCACAGCAUCAGGCUGAAGUUGCCAAGAUGGAGCCAUUAAACAAUGUGUGUGUUGAAAAGAUGGAUUGGACUGGAAGUAUCUGGGAAUGGUUCAGAAGUUCAUGGACCUAUAAGGAUGACCCAUGCCAAAAAUACUAUGAGCUCUUAUUAGUCAACCCUAUUUGGUUGGUCCCACCAACAAAGGCACUGGCAGUUACAUUCACCAACUUUGUAACAGAGCCAUUGAAGCACAUUGGAAAAGGAACCGGUGAAUUUAUUAAAGCACUAAUGAAAGAGAUUCCAGUGUUACUUCAUAUUCCAGUGCUGAUAAUUUUCGCAUUAGCUGUCCUGAGUUUCUGCUAUGGUGCUGGAAAAUCAGUUAAUGUGCUGAGACAUUUAGGUGGUCCUGAGAGAGAACCUCCCCAGGCACUUCAGCCAGGAGAUGGAAGAUGGCGAAAGGAAAUUGAUUAUACACCCCAUGGUGGAGCAGGUGAUGCAGAUUUCUAUUAUAGGCGCCAAACUGAGCAAGGCCCUUACGACAAAAUUUAUGAGGGUAAAAGAGAUGUUUUGAGAGAGAAAGACUUGAGAUUUCAGACUGGCAGCAAGAGGCCUGAAGUGCUCCGGGCAUUUGAUUUACCAGACGAAGCAGCACAAGAGCAAUCCAAGGUGGUACUCAGUCAUAAAUCACCUGUUUUGGAUACAAAACCUAAAGAGAUUGGUGGAAUCCCAGGAGAAAGCACAUUGACAGAAAGCAGUGCUGAAAACAGCCAGUCUGCUAAGAGUGUCUCUGGCCAGGAGAUAUCAGAGAAUACAGAAGGUUCACCUGCAGUAGAAAAGGCCCAGCUCAUGAUGGAAGCUAAAGGCAGCCCAGAGGAAGGCAGCAUGUACAGCCCAGCAAGAACUGUAGCCGGUGCAUGUGGAAAGGAUCCAGUUGGCAGCCCAUGUGGCUAGAGGAACACAACAUGGGUGACAGCUCUAAAAUCUUCUUUGGGUUUUUAAAAGUGUACUCUUAACUCUAUUCAUUCUUCACUACAAAUAUUCUGAUAUUUACUACAAAGGUGCCAACUUAAACAUUAAUAAUUUACUGACAAUCAGAAUUAACAAACGUGUAUAUAUGAAAGCUUCCGUUUAAUUUCAUCAUCUUCUCUUUGAUAUAUACAUCCCAUAAAGUUUUGAAGUGUUAACUUUGGAAUAGUCUCAGAAUUUACAUUUUAAGAUGAAUGUUUGGCAAGCAUCACUGAUUCUGGAUAGUUGAGGAGGCCAGUUUGAAUCACGGGACACUGAAAAAGAAAUGUUAUUGUUUACAGGCAUUUAUAGGAACCAACUAGCCAAAGUGUUGCCUAGUGGAAGUUCUAUAAUACCUACUUUAGUUAACAGAAUAAUUUUAGUUCUGGGUUGGAUUCAAAGUGUUUCUAAUGUGAUAGGUACUGAAAAACUAUUUUUAAGAGAGUACACUAUAGUUAAGCUUACCCUCUUAUGCACUUUAGCCUCUUGAUGCAGCCAUGGAGUAUGCAUUACCAGCAUCAGUCCAACUGACACCUCAAUUUGUCUCUUUGUAGGCCACCCACAGAUCAAUGUGGCUUUCUAGUUUCAUUCCUCCUGCAACUAUUAACUGGGCUUCUUCCUUGUCACUUCCCUUUUUUGGCGGGGGGAGGGGGUGGGGGGGGCUGGAUGGAGAGGGGCGGCUGGACAGUAUGGGUGUCCAAACCCUUUGGUGUUACAAGGUGGCAUUCUAACCAACUGAGCUAACUGGUGAGCCCACUUCUUUUAAUAUAUGCUUAGCUAGAUAGAACUAAAGAUUGCCAGGGGAAUUUAAAUAAUAUAGCUUGCUAUAUUGGUAAUCUCAGUUUUACAUAGUCAACAGUCUUUGAGAAUGGCUUUAUUCUUUCCCCACCAAAUGACGCACACAGGCUUUGUAAUAAGACCUGUUUUCCUUGUUGCUCAGAAUCCUAGCAGCAGAGAAUAUUAGAUAUUAUCAUAUCUUAUUUAUAUUAUAGCAAACCAUGUUGUCUCAGCCACAUGAAGGUCUAAGUUUUAGAGAUCUGUACAUAGAGAAGAAUACCAUGAUAAGGAAAACAGGGCAGAGGGUUUUCCUUAACUGCAAACAGGUCAUCAGUCAACAUUUUAAAAUUAGUUUUUCUGGGCUGGCCAGUUAGUUCAGUUGGUUAGAGCGUGAUGUUGUAACACUAUGGUCAAGGGUUCAGAUCCUCCUACUGGCCAGCUGAGCUGCCACACACACAAAAAAAAUUAGUUUUUCUGAUUUUAAAAAGCAUUUAUUUUAAACUUUUUAAAACAGCAAUUUAUAAGUUUUGCACAUGUCCCUAGCUAGCAGAGCUCACAUACAUUCAGGUGUCUUGUUUUAACCAUAUUCACCCUAGAAGUUAUGUUCAGCUGCUUACUAAUUAUGCCAGUUGGGAAUAAAAAUCUUAAUUUUCAUGCAGGCAUUUGUUACAGAAAAAAAGACAUUCAAAGCAGUUGCUUUUUGAUAUUUUUUACAUGAAAUGCAGAAUACCCAUUUUUGGCUCCCAGAAAUGUUACUUAGGUGCCUGUAACAAUUUAAUUUUACAUGUUAAUUUUUUUUGUCUGUGUGUGACUGGUAAGGGGAUCGUAACCCUUGGCGUGGUGUCGCCGGCACCGCGCUCAGCCAGUGAGUGCACCGGCCAUCCCUAUAUAGGAUCUGAACCUGCAGCCUCGGCGCUCCCAGCGCAGCACUCUCUCGAGUGAGCCACGGGGCUGGCCCUACAUGUUAAUUUUCUAAUUGCAAACAUCUUCAGGAUUUCAUGAGAAAGGUAAUCAUUUUUUUCAAGAAAUACAAAAGGAUUUUAUAUUAAGAUUUAUAACAAAGCAGGCAUGAAUUAAUGAAAGGAUGUUUGCAGUUUAGAUUUGUGAACAUCUAAACUGUGCAUUUGUGCAUAUAAGGUAGUCCUCUCUGGGGACUAGACCCAUUCACACUGAUUGGUGAAUAUGGUCCCAAAGUGGGACCUCUGAGCUAUAUGGUCUGAUUCUUAAGAGAAGAAUGCCUCAAGUGAUAGGUUGUAAUUGUGAGAAUAGAGUUAAUGCUGCUUGCAACUCCUGACUGCUUUUAAUAGAUCCAAAAAUUAAUCCUUUAAAAAAUAUAUAAAUAAGAUUUCAUCUUUGUAUUCUUUCAUUACAGAUAUGCAUUUGGGGAUGAGGUCUACUUUGACAGCUAGCAAGGCAACAUGCUACUGCUGUUAAAUGAUGACAGCAAUUCAGGGAAGACUAUUAAAGCAAAUUGAACAUAUCAAAGCCAGUUUAUUAUCAGAAAAGAGAUAAAGCUUGUUUAUUGAUUGGUCAAUAUUUGUCAUUAAAAGUAAAGCUUAUAGUGAGAAUCUUUUAGGAAAAUCAGAAUGGGUAGAUGUUAAAAGCAGUUUUUAAAUGGAAUAGAUAAUGUUGAAUGUUUACAGGGUCUAAGAACCACUGUAUACACAAAAUAAACAUUUAUUUUUACACA